GAAUUGUGACUGUCAUGUAUUUGUGCAUGGUAUGGGAGUUUACAGAAUGUGCAAGGUGAAGUACGAGGUCGCAGCAGAAUAAGUUUUAUUUAAAUAAUUGUAAUUAUUACUUAUCGUCAUGCUAUUCCGAGGAUUCAAUCUUAUAGUACGACUUUCUUCACAUCGACGCGUGUUGCGAAAAGCGAUUAGAGGUUUUGCAUCUUCGGCAACGGGUUCAUAUAGUGAUAAAGAUCCUGCACCUUACUUUUUUAAUGAAGAAGUGCAAAAGUUUCUUAAAGUUAUAACUCGGCCGGAACAUGAUAAAGUUUUUAGGAGACAAUUAGAUGGUAGAGAAAUUGAAGAACCUGUAUACAAGUUUAUGACAGAAAGAGAUUUAAAAAAGGCUUUAGAUACGGCCAAUCAAAAUAUGGAAGAACUUUUGCAAAUGCCUCCAGUAGUAAAAGUGAGAGAAGAAAAUGUUCGUAUAUUAUCCAAGGAUCCAGCUCUGCAGGGUUAUGAUGAUUGUAAAUUUGUUUUCACUGAUAUUAGUUUUGGAAUAAAGAAUAAAGACAGAACCAUUGCAGUUAGAGAACCAGAUGGCACAUUGAGAACUGCUAAUCAUAGUGAAAGAGAUCGUUUAAAUCAAAUUUAUUUUCCUUUGAAAGGAAGAGAAAUUUACAUGCCAAAAAUGUUUUUACAGGAAAAUUUGGAGCCCAUACUCAACAGAGGAGAUUAUGAAUUCAUCUUAAAUCGAGCCUGUAUACAGUUUGAUCCAGACAAUCCAGAAUACCAUAGAAUAACUCAGGUUACCUAUGACCACAUAGAUGAACAUCAACAGUUUGAUAAAUUAAGAUCAACGAGGCACUUUGGACCUAUGGUAUUUUAUUUAGCAUGGAAUAAAAAAGUAGAUAAUUUACUUCUAGAAAAUAUAACAACUGAUAGAAUUGAAGAUGCUGCAUUAAUUUUAAAAGUCUAUUAUAAAUUGAAUCCCAGUGACAAUCCCAUUGAAGAAGAGGAUCAUGUUAAGUUGAUACAACAUUACAUUAAGACAGAGAGUAAUAUUAAACGGAAGUUAGAUCAUGCUUUCAAAACUUUCUUAGAAAUAGAAGCUGCAACAAAGAAAUUGGAAGAAAACAUUGCUAUAGCGCAUGGACAAAAGAUCACAGACACUACGUAAUCCAUGAAAGUGAUACCUUUGGUGUAUUUUAUUGCUGAAAGUAUUUGUUUUUAUAUUUAACCAAUGUCCUUUAAUUUUGGAAUAAAUUUUGAUUUAGCUGUUUAUUUGUGUAUUGGCAGAGCAAAGUAAAAAAGUCAAACGAUAAUAGUAUACUCGAGGUGAAAACAAAAGAAAAGAGAUUGUCAACAGUUGUUAUUGAA